AUGGAGUCACAAUCUCAAAAGAAGAAUUCACUUGACAAAAUUAAUUUGGUCCAAGAACCAGCAUGCACCAAUCCUUCUUGUUUCUUUUGCACCAUGAAUGAACCAGACCCGUCUCUCAGAAAAGCCAAACUAGCUCGAUGUUUCAAAGAAAUGCCUCUGAGAGAUGACCAAGAACAUGUCUUGGUCUUACGUGGGAUCUGGAACAUUGCCAUGACUCAACCCGAUGAUCCUGAAUUCCCAUCCCUUGGCAUCUUUGAGUGCAUGGGAAGGCUGAUCCAAAGAGCCGUCAACGAUAAAGAAUGGCUUCUUAGAGAUCAAAACAUCUACAUCCCAUACUAUGCAGCACAUACCAUUGGUUCAUAUACCAUGAACAAAGUUCAUUUUGCAGAGAAAGCAGUUAACUCGAACGUGGUUAUGCCUCUCAUAGAACUUCUGAGAGGCAAAAUCAGUUGGGUUGAGCAAAGAGUUGCGGUUCGAUCGCUAAGUCACUUGGCUAGCCAUGAGAGAACCUUCGAAGCCAUUGCUGAGCAUGAAGUAGAAAUCAUAAAGUUGGCCAUGGAAAUAGCUUGCAAUUGCAUCAGCACCGUCUACAGAAGAUUUAUUGGUGUCAAAAAUAGCAAGAGAGUGAAGUACCAUUCUGACCUGCUUACAACAGGGCUUGGAGACUUGGAGAUGGAGAACAGGAAGGCUGAGGAGUGGGCUAGUCAGUUACAAUGCUGGUCUUUGCAUCUCUUAGACUGCUUUGCUUGCAAAGGAAGAUCACUAAAUCUUAUCUGCAACAAACACUUCUUGAAGGAGUUGUGUGGCAUGUGGGGUGGCUUGGUAAAUUGCGCAUCGCCUUGUGGAAUAGGAUCCAUUAGAACUCUGUGCAACUUCAAGACUGGAAGAGAAAGUUUAGCAAAUUCUAAAGAAGUGAUAGAGAGUCUAUGCAAUAUCUCAAGAUCUUCUGAUGAUUGGCAGUACAUGGCUAUUGAUUGUGUUCUCUUACUUCUAAAAGACACAGAUACAAGAUAUUUAGUCAUAGACACCGCAGCUUUAUCUCUGGCUGAUUUGGUUGAGCUAAGAAGCCUUAAUGAAAGAAAUAAUGUUGGAGAAACGAUAACACAGACACUCUUACAAGAUUACCAUAAGAUCAAAUAUGGUGACUUAAAAUUGAGGAGCCAAGAUGCUGAGAGAGCAUUGAAGGAGACAUGGGAUUUGAUGGUAGAGAGAAGAAAGAGAGAGAAGUUAAUGUCUGAACAAGAACUGAAAGAAAGGAAACAUUUGGUAGGCAUGCUGAAGCAAGAAGGAAACAAGAAGUUUUGGUCCGGUCACAUUGAAAAAGCUGUUACCAAAUACACAAAAGCCCUGGAUUUGUGCCCAUUAAAGAUGAGAAAAGAGAGAAUAGUUCUGUAUAGUAAUAGAGCUCAGGGUUAUUUGCUGCUCAACAACCCUGAAGCUGUAAUCAGUGACACAACUAGAGCCUUGUGCCUGUCCACUUCUGCGAGUCCUCACAAGAAGAGCCUGUGGAGAAGGGCACAGGCUUAUGACAUGAAAGGGUUGGCCAAGGAAAGUUUGAUGGACUGCUUAAUGUUCAUCCAAGGCCGCACGAAAGCUGAGCAAACCAAGCAUGCCAAGAUCCCAUACUUCGCAGCACGUAUGAUUCACAAGCAAAUGAAUGCCACAUGGCUUUUCGCAACCAUUGCCAAGUCAAAAAACAAAUAUGAAGCUAAAGUAGAAACACCUGAAGUACUAGAGCAUGGAGAGGACCCAUGCCAAGUGACAGAGAUCAACGAGAGAAAUGAUUCAGUUGCAGAAGAAUCGAUGAUGGAAGGGAAACGGAGGAGAAGAAGCAAGCAAGAUAGGUUGAGGAGGAGAAAAGAAGCUGCUGUCAUUACUGCUGAAUUGGCAGCUCAAAAUGCAGUGAGAUGA